AUGACCACUGCCGGCGUCGGCAGCAGUGAUCGUAUCCUCGCACUUCCUGGCCCUGAGCCCACGUUGGCUGCACUGGUCCGCUUAGCUAAAGCGAAGGGAUGGGACGUGACCCUUCUCGCUCGUUUGCCUGAAGAGCAACAGAAAUAUGUCGGCCAGUUUGACAUUGCCGACGACAAGGUCCUCCUUGCCAAUGUGAAAGCCAGGAAGUGUGGAGGCAGCUUCCCUCAUACGGGGUCUUUGAACGAGACAUCCCUUGAAUCAGCGCUGGAUCCACUGCCCUUCACCCGCGGUGCGUCCUUCAUACCAACGAGCAUCAAUGCUCUGUGUACAACUGCCGCUACUGAAGUUCUCCGCCAAACUUUGCAUCUAGUUCAAGAAUACCCUGAGUUGGCCGACAAUGUCGGCUUCGUGUUUGAUAUAAGCGAUCUCGCUCAGUCGACGGAACGCCUUCGCGAAUCGUCUACCACGAAGAUUGGUGUGGUCAGCUACCCCUACAGUGAAACUCCAAUGAAGAUCAUACCACAGCUGCCGAGCGUGACCUUUUCCCCUAACGCCAGCUAUCUGCUCAUCGGAUGCUUGGGUGGCCUGGGCCGCAGCUUGACCCGCUUCAUGAUGGAGCGGAGCGCUAAACACUUUGCCUUUGUUUCUCGUUCCGGUGUUCCGUGCCGACCCGCGUCCGAAUCAGAUGUCGUCCGCAUCGUCCAGGAAGUGAACGCCAAACGUCCUAUCCGGGAAGUUGUCCAUGCAGCUAUGCUCCUCAAGGACGGCCUGUUCGAGCAAAUGGACCCUCCCAUCUUCCAGGCAGCCGUGGAUCCCAACGUUAUCGGCGCGGUGAGUCUCUCCAAGGCUCUGCAAGACAUCGAUCUCGACUUCUUCGUCAUGACUAGCUCCAUCUCCGCAACGCUAGGCAACCCCGGCCAGAACAACUACAGUGCAGCCAACAGUUUCCUAGACACCUUAACAUGGCAGCAUCGUCUCUGCAGCCGCGCAGGAGUAUCCCUUGUGUUUUCCAUGGUUCUAGACGUUGCUGUCGUGGCCGAAAACGCCUCCAUUGAACCUCCCUCCUCCGAAAGGGAGAUGCUCCGUGGGUUCGAAGUCACCAUGUCCCGCCCUACGACUCAAACAACUUCCCUCCAACAAAUCGGCAACAGCCAAACCAUCCUAGGUCUUGCACCCUCUGAGCUCGCCAAGGGCGUCCUCUCCGACCCAACCGUCGACGCAUACUGGUACCAGGACGCCCGCUUCGUCCACCUCUGCUCUGAAGUCGAACGCAUUGGCAAGUCCGCAUCCUCAUCUCCCUCGCGCUCAGGUGGCCUCCAAAACCUCCUCGCCAAUAUCUCCUCCACCAGUCCCGAGGAAAUCAUAACCGCAAUCGCGCAAUUCAUCGCCCAGCGCGUCGCAAGUAUCCUGCUGCUUUCCGCGGAUGAUUUCAACCUGGAUGGUCUCUCUAUCGUCAGCUACGGGCUUGAUAGCAUGAUCGGGGCUGAGAUGAGGAAUUAG